CAAAUUCAUAACUUUUUAAUUAGUAAUUAACUUCAUUUAACAUGGAGUGAAAUUAAUGAAAGGAAAUUGGCUUAGAUAAAUUAAUUAAGGUACGGACUAACAAGAUUAAUUAAUAAAUGUGAAUAAUUUAUAAUUUUGGUAGCAUAAUUAUCAAUUUUGUUAUAAGUUUCAAGUAUAUACACAUUCUGUGUUUUUAUUUGUCACACCAGUAUUAAGGAAAGAAACAGCAGGGACAUUGUUUGAACAAAAAUUCAAAAAGAAAUUGAACUAUAUAAAAAUUCAAUCAAUUUUAAGUCUCUUUUUAUGUAGAUUUUGAUUAGAAAAUCAAUUAUCGAGGAGAUAAGAAUUCUAAGAGGAUAUUUUGUGUGACCUAAGACAUUAAAGAAGAUAUUUUUCUGUCCAAGGAUUCGUUAGAUUGACAAAUCAAUAUUAUGAUUGAACGAAACAAUGGAUCUGUGCUAAGUUAUUAUUAACACCUUGCUAUUGUCUGGCUCACCUGAAUGUUUGGAAUGGUAAAAUCAAUUUAAAUGCAUGUGUUGAUAUUGGGGAUUGUAACUAUUUAAAUUAAGCACAAUUAUGACUCAGAAUAGAGUCCCAAAGAAACAACAGGCAAUGUCAAAUGGCCAUUUAAGUGCUCCGCCAACUGUAAGUGGGAGGAAACUACCAGAUUUCCAGUUAAAGAAAUUCAUAGCACUACCACCAGGAUUUAAAAUAAAAUCACCAGGGACUGAUCAGGACUCACAUUUACCAAGGAAACCAGUACCUAUCAAAGCUGUCCCCCUAGGCUUAGAUGGUCGCACUCCAGUGACCACAGACUACAAUGGGGAGAUUAAUUCAUUCUUUACUCAACCUGAACCAGGUAACAAAUUGACAAACACUACAUUUAAUAGGAGAACAGAUAGUAUUUCUUCCAUUGAUAGUAUAGCGAGCAGUGGUUUCUCUGACUUUUCAUUAGAUAGUAAUACAGGGAGUGAAAGAAGGGGGCGAUAUAGGAAAAGAUCUCAGUCAACACCACCUGAUAUUGGUAGACAGUCGAGAUCUUCACCUGUGGAUCGUAAAAUUGUACAGAAGAUAAAGACAGAAUAUAAUCAAAUAUUGAAUCAGUUACAAAAGGGGAAUUUAAAUCCAAAAAAUCACAACAAUAAUAACGUUCAAAAACUCUCGAACGGUGGAAAUAAUAGUGGAUUCCAUUCCAUUGAGGACUGGAGUGACACAUCGUUGGAUUCACUUGAUUUAAAUGAUUCAACAGACUGGGAUGUAACAUUUAGCCAUCAAUCAGUUCCGAUUACAGGUAACCACUUAGGACAGAACGAUAAUCCCACGGGGCAAACAACAAAUAUUAUGCAUCCUCAAUAUCUUACCUUACCUAGGAACUUUUUAUCUACUAGUGGUGGUAGUGAACUUAGGGUUCAUAAAAUGGACAGUGUCAAUAGACCUGUGUCGUCUGCUCAUAUGAAUGGUUCUAUGUUCAGAAAUAAUGGGUUAGUCGUUUACAAACCCUUGAAUUCUGGUGAAUUUAUUAUGGUUGGAAAUCACCCUGAAGAUUCUCAUGGCAUGAUGCCAGGAACUAGGGUACCUUUGACAGAAAAUCGUCAAAGUAAUCUAUUCAAAUCUCGAGGACUAUCUUCCAGUAUGCCUACAUUACUGAAUCCUAAAGUUAAAGUGGAUAAAAAAUUACUUAAGGAAAUUAAGAGGCGUGAAAAAGAAGAAAAGAAAUUAUUCGAAAAAGAGGAAAAAAGGAGAAGAGAGGAGGAGAAAAAAAGAAUUCAGGAAGAGAAGAAAAGGAGGAAAUCUAUUCUGAAAGAGCAGAAAAAAUUAGAAAAAUUGGGAGAUAAAAAUAGGACUUUACCAAAGAAUUGGGCAUAUGUGAAUAAACCUAUAGAGAGUGUAUAUCAAAGACCACAUUCCCAUUCUCGACCAAAAUUAUCACUUUCAGCAGUCCCUAUUGAUUUUGAUGAUGGACCAUCAGUAUUACAGAGAUCUGUUCCUCCUCCAAAUCAACCUCCACCUCCUCCUCCUCAAAUGCUGCAGUCCAAUACAGCAGCUAAGGCUUUAUAUACUAGUGCUCCGGAUUUAUUAAGAUUGGAACAAGUUUAUGGUGCUACUAUUCGUGGACCUUCUCAUUAUAGUCGGAAACAUAAUGUGCCAAAUCAAGGACCUGUAUAUGUCUUUAAUCAGCCACAAUCUAAUUAUGUGAGUGAUUAUGCUCCUAGAACUGUAGUAUUACAAAGAGGACCAGAGGGCUAUGGCUUUAUUCUCAGAGGAGCUAAAUCACAAAGUACAAGAAAUGGAGAGCUUGACUUCCAUCCUACACCAGAGUUCCCUGCCUUACAGUAUUUGGACAGUGUGGACCCAAGCAGCCGAGCAGACAGAGCAGGUUUAAAACCUGGUGAUUUUAUAUUAGAGAUAAAUGGUGAAAAUGUGGUUCGUGCAUCACAUGAUCGAGUGGUACAGGUUAUACGUAACUCUGGAGAUACCCUGGCCAUGAAAGUUGUAACUGUUAGACCUCAACAGAACCCAGUUAAUUGGCAACAUAUGGAUGGUACAAUGACACUGCCAUCAAGAACUACCAAUAGUGCAAGUGGUAGUAAAAAACAAGCACCCCAGCCACCUCGAAGAGACCCAAGGACUUCACUUUCGAAAGAAAAGGGUCGACAGUUAGCAGAGGGACUAAAUGAAUUAGGCAAUGAGGAACAACGUAGAAAUGACAAUGUUAUACGAGCCUCCGGUGAAGAUCAGCUAGAUUUAGCCUUGGCCGAAUUUGAAAGAGAAAACUUAGAACAACAUAAUGUAACAACUGAACAGAAAACAGCAUCUAUCAGAGCAAAACAUGCAUCAAAACGUGUGUCAUGUGUGGAUUUAUCAAACAUUGAAGGAUAUGAUUCAGAAAAAAGUGACCAUAGAAGUCCGUCAGAAAGAAUAAUACAUAAAUAUAAUAAUGAACGCAAACAGAGUGCUAUGGAAAGAUCACAAAGUACGCCUGAUCUAUCUGACAAAAAGCCAGAGCCUGUAUAUGCAACACCUGUAGUACCAGGUUCUGCAGGCGUUCAACGUAGAAAUGACGGAACUUAUGUAUAUGCUGUUCCGGAAGACAGUCUUUCAAUGAAAAGUUCAACAUCAACUUCAGAAAGACCAAAGGGUCCUCCUCCACCACCACCCGGGGCACUUGGGUUUAAAAGACCUGCUCCAGGUGUGCCGAAAGAUGAAGAAGUUGUUCAGCCAUCAAACACUGAAGUGGUGUCUAUAAACACAAUAGGAAGUAGGACUUCAUUGUAUGCUAGACCAGAAAAGCUUUCCACAGCUCCUCAAGAUGAUUUUGAAUCUAGUUUUCGACCUGGUGCUUCAGCUAAAAUGACUGAUGAACCUAAAGUUAAAUCAAAGGCUCAUCAAAGAAAUUCUAGUCUUACUUCCACAAACUCUGGAGGAAGUCGUCAGAGUGAUGACAAACACAGUGUUUCUUUUGCCGAGGAUAAAGUAUUAGACAAUGCUAAAACAUAUCUUCAAAAACAUCCAAAUGCAAAAUUGCUUGUAACAGCAGACGUACAUUCUAAUGUUAAGAAACAGACUGGCAAAUAUGAGCCUGAACCUGAUUAUGACUUGGAGGAUGACAAGGUCAAAAGUAGAGUUACUGUAAUUUCCAUUGGUGAUAGAAAAACAACUGAUUCAGAAGCGAAAAGAUAUUCUGUUCGUUCAGACAUUCCAGCUGGUAACAUUCCACCUCCGCCUUCUGAACCAGCUCCAAAUCCACCAACAAAGACCUUAGCACCAGGUCAGCAAAUUGCAAAGUCUUCAGCUCCUCAGCCAGCUAAAGCAGCAGCUCCUCAGCCCUCUACAGUAAAAUCUGCUGCUCCUAAACCUCCUUCACCAAAAUCUAAAACACCAUCUCCAAAGGUGGAGCAGAAGAUAGUUACCCAAAAGAAGGAGGAAGUGAAAAUUGAGAAUAUUCCAUCUGCUCCAGCAGUGCCUCCAAUGCCACCAGCAGCACCUCCACCGCCACCUGCUCCACCACUGCCACCAGCUGAGCCGCCUGCUCCUCCCCUUCCAAAAUCUCAACCUCCUGCUCAAACCAAACAAAGUAAUACCACACCUCAAGGUAUUGAGGCUAAUGAUCUAUUAGCAGCUGUUCGAAAACGACAACAAAGGAUGGAUGUAGAAGGACCAAAAAUUUCGGCCUUGCCUGAGAGUAAGGAUGGACCUCAAAAAGAUGACAAUCAAGCAGCUAUUAUAGCAGCUGUUGCUAGGCGACGAAGAAUGCUUGAAGAAAAAGGAGACACGUCGGUUAUUGAUGCAAUAGAAACAAAGCUACAAAAAACCAAGAAAUUACAGUCUGCAAAAUUAGCGUUCUCAAGUGAUAAUAUUGGGAAAACUCCAGAAAUGAAACCAAAAGUGGCAAAACCAGUUGAGCCUAAAGCUAUUGUAAAUGAUGUUAAAUCAUCAAUGGAAAGACAGCCUCCUAAGGUUGAUAUAAAACCUAUUAAAAGUGUCACAGUGAAAGGAAAGGAGCCAACUAAAAUUAUGAGUACAGUAAAUGGUGGUGCUGUAAAAACACCAGUAAAAAUGGAGGUUAAAGCAGACACCAAAACAACAGACUCUAAUAAGGCAAUUAUUACAAGCACACCAAAAACUGAAAAUAAGGAGAAUUCUGUCAGUUCACCACGUGGGAAAGACUAUGUAGCUUUAGCUGAAAAGGCUCGCCAAGAGUACUUGCAGAAAAAAGCAAGUCAGACUUCACUUCGUGUUACUGCAACAAACAAUUCACCAAAUACUGUCAGUAAACCUGCAGACAGGUCAAAGUCUCCAGCAAAAACCAUACCAACUUCACCAUUGAUAGCUCAAAGUACAACAAAUUCUUCAAAAGUACCUAUUAGAGAUCAAAAUAAAAACAUUAUAACUACGGGUGUUCAAAGUGACAGGACCAAAGUGUUUAGUUCUGUAAGUCAAAUACCAAAUGGUAAUGUGAAAAACAUGUCAUCCAAAAAUAAGGACAAUGGUGUUUCAUCCUUAAAACCCGCUAAGGAUAUAGGUGUGAUCAGUCAAAAUAAAACUUCUAUUAAAGACAGGAUAGCCAGCAUAAAUAAGGCUGAACAAUCCAAAGGAAAUGUGAAUGGUAAAGUUCCAAAUGAAAAAUUGAGUGUGAAAGGAGUAACUGUGGAAAGCUCAGGAACGGACAAAUCUUCCUUGCCGCCACCUCCUGAAUUUGGAGAUUCUGUGCAACUAGAAAUAAUUCCUCCACCAAUGGGAUUUGAUAGUGGAAGUAACUUUAGUGAUAUAUCAAGACAAAGUUCUGUAUUUAAUCAGGAUGACAAUGAAAGUUUAGUUUCUUCAGUGUCAACUGUUUCUACAUUAUCUGAUGAUCAAGCCGAUUCUGGAUAUGGUCGUCAGCGGCAUAACUAUGAGGAAUUGAUAGCCCCUCCACCCCCUGGGUUUGGGGAUUCAAACUCAAAUCAGGGCUAUGAAACAAUUCCAUCUGUCAUUCCACCUCCCCCAAGCUUUGGGGAGGAAAAACGUGAUUUAAUGAACAAAUCCAGGCAAGUGACAAAACCUUUCAGUUCCAAGUCUGUUGAUAACUGGCAAUGUUUGGACGUACUUGAUUGGUUAGACAGUUUAAAAUUAUCGCAAUAUAAGACAAGCUUUCAACAAAAGUGCAUUGACGGUAAAAGAUUGCAAAAUCUUAGUAGGAAUGAUUAUUUGGACUUGGGAGUAACGCAAGUUGGUCAUCGUAUGAACUUAGAACGAUCAAUUAAGAAAUUGAAUUUACCUAAAAAUGUUGUCUCAUCUAGUCAUUUGUGAUUUAAUAGUUUCAUCCAGAAUCAUUCAUUUGUACAAUAGUUUACAUAUUUGGAAAUUUUCAGAGCACAAUAACUUUGAAUUUUAAUGAGUGCUAAAAUAUUUAUCUGUAAAACUUAUCAUAUGUUACAACGAAAAAAUCUGUCACCAUGGAAACAGCAUGGUAAAAAUUAACUGAAAACAAUUUUUGCCUAGAAUUGCCUGUAAUCAAAUUUUCUUUCUCAUCUUGAGCACAUUUACUGUUUCAGGUUUUUAAGAAUUCUCAUUUAAAAAUUUCUGUUGAUUUACCAACAUGUGACAUCGGCUUAGAACAGAAAAAAAAAUCUAUAUAUAUCUACAUAAUAAUAACAUUAAGCAGUUUUCAUGAAUGAGAAGUUGAAAAAAUACUUGAAUGAACCAUUUAAGAAGGUAGGAAUCUGGUGUGAGGAAGGUUGUGAUGUAAAACAACAUCAGUAGUUGAAAAAAUCUGUGAUUAUUAAUUUAGAAUUGAAUAGUCUUCCAUAAGGAUGUUAUGAUACUUUUUAAAGCAUAUAUUUUUUUUCAUUUUGAGUAAUUAAAUGUGUGCCAAUUUAAAUGACAAGUCUGGCCACUCUGGGCAAUUUUAUUUUUCUCAUUUGUUUUAUUUUAAACAGUUUUAAUGUUAAUUGACCAUAUGUAUACAUGUUCUCCCUUUUCAUUUUAAAGAAAAAAACUAGUCUUAAUAUUAAAAUUUUCUAAUGAAUAUUAGAUAGUUGGUAAUAUAUUUCAAUGUCCAUCCUGAAUUUGUUUUUUUUAUCAGAUGAGUGCUUUCUGUAUUUGAUUUUACUGGUAUUUAUUUAUUUUGUAAAUUAUUAUUUUUGGAGAAGCAUUCUGAUUUUUAUCAACACAGCCAUAUCUUUUCACAAUAUCAUGUUUUUUAGUUUAAAACAUAUAUUUUUAUGUUUCUCAGUAAGUAUGUUGUUUAAUUUUGUUUCCCAAGAACAGUCAUAUUCUAUUUAAAUCUGGGUAAAUUUGUAAUUUUGUUACUGAAAAUCUCAAAAUUUCAACAGGAUGGCCUAACAUAUGACGAAAUAUAUAUAGUGCUCAUCAUUAGAUUAAUAUUUUCAUUUAAUCAGUAUUUUUCUUUAAGCUUACCUCAAACAUGGGAAUACUCAUAUUUCAAGAAAUUUUAUUGAUCAUAAUAUUAUUGGACAAAAUCCUUCUGUACGAGGGGAGAUAACUCCAUUUUCAUUGUUAGCUAGAUAGCAUUAUUUUGAAUUAGGGAAGAAUAAAGAUGUUUUACUAGCAUUAGGAUAAUAAAUUAAACUAGUCUUGCAAGGUUCAUAAUAAAACUGGAUUUUUAAUUGACCCUUCAACUCUUUAUAUUUUGAUUUUAGACACAAUGUCUAGGAAAAAGCAUUAUUUGUUAUACUUUUAAGAGGAGGUAUUCCCCGUUUUGUUUGCAGGUUUUAGUUUUUUUCCUGUGAUACAUUUUUUCAUAUCAUUAGUUCAUACUGGACAGUGUACAGUAUGCUGGGCAUCAUUUUGUACCAAUAUCGCUUCACCAUGCAUUAGCAGUCCAAAUAUAGUAUGAUUUGUAAUUUUAACUUAUUCAGUGAUGUAUGUACUGGUUUAUGUACAGUGCUUUAUGUAAAAAUUAAUAAAAACAUUUUAUAUUUAUGAAAUUCAAAUUAUCAGCAUCAGUCAAGACUAGUGCAUGUAUUGUUAUAUAGAAAGUCAUCAACAUAUAAAAGUAAUCAUUUCAUAGAUUUUCCAUAGGCAUUUCCAUACUUCAGUAAUCUCAAUACUAGAAUAAGAGGAUUUUCAGAUAAAAAUUAAUAUUUUCAAAAGAUAUCAAAUGAAACAUUAAAAAAAGAAUUUUGGCAAUUUUUAUUUUGAAAUUUCAAAAUCUUGAUUUGAUAUAUUAAUAUUGAUCUAUUUCCUUGAAAAUUGUCAUAUUGUUCAAGCAAGCAAAUCUCUCCAUUUUUAUGAAAAAAAAUAUUUUCAGGAUUAUUUAUUUUAAUACGCCAUGUCAAUAAAGAACAUUACAUCAAUUUAAAACAGUACAUUACAUAAAGACUUGCAUUCUUUAUGCUAAAUGUGACUAAAACAUUCUCAUUUUCAUAGCUAACUAGAGUGCAAAUUAUGUACCAACAUAUAUAUUUGGAUUUAAAAAAUGUUUACUACUUGAAACUUAUUAUUAUUGUUUUUGUUAUAACUAAUUGAUUAUUGUAUUCAAAGAUGAUAAAAAAUAUAUUUAAUUAUACAU